GUUGUCCUUAUCGUAUCUUCUGCUUUGAACAAGAACUCAAGUUUUUCCCUGUUGCCUUUCCCCGCCGCACUACUAGAAAGAAAACAAUAAAAAACUUUUCCCUGCAAGAACUAUGGCUUUCGUAAAUCCCCGAGUGUGGCUCGACGUCAGUGGCGCGGGGCGAAACCUCGGGCGGCUGGAAAUCGAGCUCUUUCACGACGUGCUUCCAAUCACGAGCGAGAACUUUCGCGCCCUGUGCACGGGGGAGACGGGUCUGGGGUACUGGAUGAAACCCCGGUGGUACAAGGGCACCCGGUUCCACCGCGUAAUUCCCGGCUUCAUGGCGCAGGGCGGUGACUUCAAUUACGGUAACGGCGAGAUGGGGGAGAGCAUCUACGGCAAAACGUUUCGGGACGAGAAUUUUCUCUUCAAGCACUCGCGGCGGGGCUUGGUGUCCAUGUCCACCUCCCACCGCAAGCACACGAACAACUCGCAAUUUUUCUUUUCUUUCAACCCGCUCCCCCACUUGGACGGCAAGCACGUGGUGUUUGGCCAAGUCGUGAACCUGGACGCGCAGUACGAAGCGCACCGGGCGCGCGCGGUGGACCGGUUCGGCACGCAUCCGCUGCAGGUGGCAAACGUACUCGGGGCAGCGGCGGACAGCUACGCAGCGGCGAAGGUAAGAGCAAGGCUUCUAAGGGCAAAAGAUAAAACUACAUCGGAAGAUGAUCAUUCUGGUGCUAAUAUUCUUCAUCCGCGGGAAGGGGAGCAACAGCAAGGCGACGAGGGAAGAGGACUGAUGCAAGGUGACGACGGUGAUGGUACCUCCCCCGGUGGAGAAAUACAUACAGAUGAAUCAGAAGCCAGAGAAUCCACGACCUCUACAACAACUACAUCGAGAAACAAAGAUUAUCCUACGCAGGAGUCCCGGCAGCGACCAAAGCACUUCAGCGGCAUUGACAGGCAAGGCAGCUAUGUGCUGGACGCAAUGGAGCGGAUGGGCAGCGAGGGGGGCUUCGUGCGAUAUCCGGUCGAAGUGUGGAACUGCGGCGAAUACGACCGCGUUCGGGAUCGCGAGCGUUUUGUCCGACAAGUACAAAGGCCAGCAAACAUGGACUUCCGCAUUGACUCCUACAGCCCGAUACCUGCGGAAGUCUGGAAACGAGCACGGCAGGUCGUUUCGCCGAUUCGAUAA